CUUAGUGAUGCAAGUCGCCUUUUAUGCGAUGCUCACUUUGCAGAAACAAAAACACGAAGAAAUUUCGUUAUUUCCGCUAUUAAACCCGAAAUGAAGGACACAUUAGUUCAGAGUGCAAGAACUAACUUUCUAUUCGGAGACAACGUAGGUGAAAAGUUAAAGACAGCAACAACAAUCCAAAAAUCAGGAGAAAAUUUGAGACCUCAGCAAAAACCUAAAUUCCACAAAAGCAAUUUUAUCAACAGAAAUAAUUCUAAACCCAGGUUAAACCAGAAAGCCCUGCAUCCGAAAGCUGCGGGAAGAACCGAUGCGGGGCGAGGUCGCUUUACAACAAAUCGGACCCGCACGUACGAAACCACUCGCCACAGCAACAACGACCGCUCGCCGUCGCCACGACGCCUUCGCAGUCGCCCUACUGCUCGGACCCGCAGGGAUUAAUAGCCGAUUACGAGGUACAGUACGCAGGAUACUCCACAACCUACAUCAGAGUCUUCAGUUAGUUGCCGUGAAGUUGUCCGGCAAGCGUUAAUUAAGAAAUCAUUAUCUUAUAAAUCAAUUGACAUAAUGCUUAAUUCACUUUCAGACAAUACAUAUAAACAGUACGACUGUUGUAUCAGGGCAUGGGUUAGGUAUUGUAAUAUUCAUAAUUAUGAUUACGACAAUUCCUCUGUUCAUAUUAUCAUUGCUUUUUUAACGGAAGUUUUUGAAAGUGGAGCACAAUAUGGCACAAUAAACUCUUACAAGUCUGCCUUGUGUUUACUAUUAGGUCAUAAUUUAUUAAAUAAUAAUGAUGUCUGUCGUUUCAUGAAGGGAGUUUUCAGGCUGAGACCUACAAAACCUAAAUAUGAUCUUACUUGGGACCCAGCUGUUGUCUUAAAUUAUUUAGCGCUACAAUGGCCUAAUGAAGACCUCAGCCUGGAAAAUCUCUCCAAGAAAACACUGACUUUACUGGCGCUGGUAACUGCUCAUCGUGUACAAACGUUUUCAUUGAUUAAAAUCUCAAAUAUAGACCUGUCAAACUUACAUCAAAUUAUCAUCAAAAUACCCGAUUUAAUAAAAACGUCAAAGCCUAAUUCUUUUCAGCCUGUUCUUAAAUUACCGUAUUAUAAUGAUAGACCAGAAAUAUGUCCCGCAAGAUGUAUAAAAGAAUAUAUAAAUAAAACAAGUUGUUUACGCAGUAACAAUAAUGAUAAUUUAUUUAUUAGUUACAGACGGCCACACAGCAAAAUAUCUGCUCAGAGACUUAGUCACUGGGUAAGAGAUUGUUUAAAAAAUAGUGGUGUAGAUACUUCUGUUUUUAGUGCUCAUAGUACACGUCAUGCAUCAACUUCAGCGGCCGGAAAACUUGGUGUUUCUAUAGAAACGAUUAAAAAGACUGCUGGAUGGAGCCAGUCUUCUCUUGUAUUUGCACGUUUUUAUAAUAGAAAUAUAAAUGUAAAUAAUGAUGAUUUUGCACGAGCUGUAUUAUCUUCCAUUUAGAUAAAUGUCAACAUUUUUGUAAUUUAUAAAUUAAAUAAUUUAUGUUACUAUCA